AUGGCGCUGAUAGCUUCUUGUGGGGGCAUUUACUUCACUGAAACACCUGUGGAAAACAUCAUCACACUCACGUGGCAGGUGAAGGAGGGCGGUGGGGCAUCACCGCCGUAUAGUAGCGUUAUCUUUAAGGUGAAAUCCUCUGCGCCGAAGUUGUUUUACGUGCACCCGCGCUACGGGGCACUACUCGUGACGGACGGCGCUGGUCAGCCACAUGAAGCUUGCCGUACACAGGUUACCUUCGGCCUUCGUCCGGUGGUAACCGACACGCCCAGUGAAAUUGCAGCAACAACUGCGCAGCCCAUCGCAACCUCCCCCGGUGGCGGAGGCGGCUACAACCACAGCUGCCAUGAGAGGAUUGUUUUUGAGUCGAUGUACAUUCCUGGCUGCCGCGCCGCGUACGAGCCUUUGUUGCACGGCCUUGCCGCGGAGGGCCGCUUCUCGGAGGUGGUGCGGGGCGUGUGGGAGCUCGUGGUGGGGGGCACACACCAGGCGGUGCGCGGCGCCCCCAUCAGCCUCAAGGUGUACAUGGAGGGUGUCACGACGGACAGCAGCAAGAAGGGCGAGGGGGUGGUGGUGGUGCCGCCCACCGCGAAACUGGUACAGCCCUUGUUGCGAGAGACGUUUCUGAGUCGCACGCCGGGGACGCUUGCGGGUGGGCUUAGUCUCAGCCCUGCCUUCGCGAUGGUACCCGAAAAACAGUUCCGGAGCUCCGGUUCCAGUGAGUUGCGAGCGCUAAAGCGUAACAUCGACGCGCUGUGCCGUGAACCGGAUGCCCCCGUCCCCGACCCCGCUGCCUCAGCGGAGGCCACGUACAACAGCAGUAGUAAGCACCUCUCACACGCGCGUUCCAGCCAUACAGAGGCGGAUAUUUUGAUGCGUACGCCGAAUUUGGAUGACGACGCCCUCAAGGCAUCUAAGGAUGGCGUUCCACUGUUCAUGGUGCUUACAGCAAUGUUUUGUACGUACGUGGUAACAAUGCUGUUCUGGCGCACCGUUUAA